UUGAAUCACUCAACAGUUGAAUCUGCUAAACGCAAUUCUUAAAAAAUAAGUUCGGUGUAACUCGUUUAACCUAUAUGACUCUUGAUGGAUCUGUGAUUGCUGAUAAAGUUCAAUAAGUAAACAGAUACAUCCAUUGUCAACAACAAGGUUGAAAUUGCAUUGCGACUUAGGUUAGAUCUCGGGUUUCGUGAUCUGUACCAGUUUUCUGAUAUACAGAUAUGCUAUAAGAAGAAAUCUACAGUUAUACUGAAUAUCGCUAUUUCUAUUACGCUGCAGACAAACGGGAAUCUCUCUUUUUAAAUGAAAAAAUGUCAGCUCUACUCUUUUACACUUUAUUUUAUUUUCUGAUGUCCGGAUGUAUCAUCUAUCCACCUACAGAAUUCGUCUCAGCGGGAUUAACCGUUAAAGAUGUUUUUGCGAAUUGGCUUGGUAGUGAAAAUGAAUUUUUUAUACAGUAUCACAUCAGGAGGAGUGUAGCCACGUUACUUCUACACUCUGCACUGCCUCUAGGCUAUGUUCUAGGACUGUUUUUCUUCAACCAUAUAGAUCCUGGAAAACUAUUGUUAAUCGAUGGAAAUUACCUUGCGCCAUUGAUUGUUCUUUGUGUCACCAUUGCUCCACUUUACAUCCUGAAUAAGGUUCUUGAAUGGUCUGCACAUAAUUGGGCUACACAUCCGAUAGCACAAAAUCUAUCUGUGUAUAGUAAUAAUAAUACACCAUGGACAGCUGUUGCCUCGGAUAUUAAUACAGAAUAUCGAAGAAUAGAUAAAAUUGUUAUUGUCACAAAUAGCGUAACUCGUGUCGUAGCGACGGACAAUUGGAUCAUUAAAAUCACGCCUUAUAAAUUGCAAGUGGCGCAUCAAAGUGAUGCGACUUUAGUCGUGAAUAAAAGCGACGUCCAUUUUAUGUCGCCGACAACGAGAGAUCAAGUUCAGUUUAUCAAUAUACAGGUGAAACCUAUGCGAGCUAUGGCACAGGAGUUUGACAUAAGAUUAAAUGCGUUGGAUUUCAAGGAUUUGCAGGAUAAAGUUUCACGGCCGAUUGCUAUACUGCACAAUAUAACGUUCCAUAGAACUUUGCUUGAUAGAUUUAUCGAUACUUUUAAAGAAGAGGUCAAUAAAAAUCCAUUCUACGAUACUGCCGAGGAAUUAAAUCAAUGUAUUGGAUGUAUGCAAGCGUUGUCGAAUGUAAAAUUGAAUAGAUUAUGCAGCAAUGCCGAUACUAGAAAUCUUGACGAUUGCACGACGUGUUAUUGCCGUCCAAUGUGGUGUAUAGAAUGUAUGGCGAAAUGGUUUGCUUCGAGACAAGACGAGAAUGCACCAGAAACGUGGCUGUCCUCCAAAUGUACCUGUCCUCUUUGCAGAGCACGAUUCUGUGUUUUAGAUGUGUGUCUUGUAAGAAAUCCUAACAAUUAAUAUCAAAACAAUGGGCAUUAUUUUGAACUGUUCUUAUGAAAUAAUUCUUAUUUGUACCAAUUUUAAUACAAUU